CAAUCGCAUGACCGGAUAUCAUCUGACAUUUGCGACUAAGAUUGAAGUUGAAUGUUUAAUGAUAGAAAAUAUCAAUAGUGACAAAAUGGCUUCCAAUAUGGAGGGUUCAAUCCAUAGAGGAUGUGACUUUAUUUUUGACUUUUCUUGUUUCACCUGUCAGGAAAAUGACAGAAACACAGAGGCUGAAUUUUACUGUGAGGAAUGUUCUGAAUUUUACUGUAGCAAAUGUAUGGAGUAUCACAACUAUUUUUACAAGAAGCAUGCCAUUUUGAGCAAAGAAAACAUGAGCCUAUGGCCUAAGACUGAUGUGGUUGAACAAGGGAAAUGUAAGGAGCACAGGAAAGAAAAACUGACCAUAUUCUGCGAGGACCACAGUGAGCUGAUAUGUCAUGUCUGCCAUAUCCAUCAUCAGAAAUGCAGUCAUUUGGUACUAAUAUCUGACAAAAUGAAACAGCUGAAUCAAAAAGGAGACUUCAAGCAGUUGUCAGCAACUAUUUAUGCACAACACCAGCAAUUGAUACAUGAGAAAGAUGACUUAGAGGAGAAUAUUAAGUCUCUUGAGAAAUCGUACACAACAAUUCUGGAAGAAAUCAAGACUUUACGAAAGACAAUUAAUGAUUCUUUGGAUCAACUGGAGAAAAAUACCAAGAAGGAGUUGGACACACUUCUGGUCACAAUGAGAAAAUCAAUUCAAACUGACAUUGAAGACUGCACUAAGUCCAUCACAAAUAUUACAUGCCAUCAUGAAGAUUUCUUGAAAAUAAAAGACAAAAGUGAAGCACUAAGUUUUAUCAAGUACAGAAAAUGUAUUGACCAGUCCCUUGAGGUAGAAUCAGCUUUACAAGAAAUGGCAACAGAGACUGAAAUGAGAAUUACCUUUAGACCUGAUACAACCAUCCAACAAACCCUGUCCACUCUUUCAGGAUUGGGACAAAUACUGAGAACAGUGAAACAAUCACACCCUGCUAAAAGGACAACACAGAACACGGAUAGCAGACAGAAUAAGCCUAAAGAAACCACCCAGUCUGACCCUGGACACCAAACAACUUUAGGAUUCAAGGUAAACAAAUCCCAUCCAGAAUCUAGUACAUCUAGAAGUUAUAGCCCUGAAAACGGAACAAAUGAUCUAACAAAGUCAGGCCAGGUAUCUGAUCCAGUAUCAAGUUCAUCACACCAGCUGGUCCAGAGACAUCAACCAGCGGCAGUAAAGAAAUCUGAUAAAAUCAUGAAAGUGAAGAGUAGUAAGAGGUACAGUGUGCAGAUUAAGGAUGAAUUAUACACAUGCUAUAUAAAUGGUAUCUGUGAGACAGCUUCUGGAGAACUCCUCCUCACAGACCAGAACAACAAUACAGUGAAGCUCAUGGAUCAAACCUACAAGGUGGUGGCCCAGUGUGUCUUGCCUUUGCAACCAUGGUCCAUGUGCAGCAUUGACUCCAGUCGGGUGGCAGUAAGUUAUGGGUGGGAUAAAUACAGAGGUUCUGGCAGGGGGAAUUACCAUGAAGUCCACUUCAUCAGAGUGAUCAAUGGACAGUUGAUAAAGGGCAGGAUACUGAAGCUCCACCGUUACUGCAUAGGUAUUGCCCAUCAGGAUGGUAACCUUUACAUAACAGAUGGUAGAGCUCUUUAUCUCUAUACUCUGGAUGGAAGUCUGGUGAGGGAGAUGUAUAAGGAUACAUCAAGCUACAAUACAGUUACCUCCUGUGCAGUGAGUCCAGAUGGAGACAGGAUAUACGUGUUCAACAACAGUAAACAGCUGGUCAUACUGUCCAGGGAUGGCACAGUGAUCUCCACCUUGACUGAUAUUUCACUGAAAUCCCCUUCAGAUGUAAUACCUGGCCUACAUGUGACAGAUUUAGGACAAGUUCUGGUAUGUGGAUUUUCUACGGACACAAUUGUCCAGGUGGACAGGGAUGGGAGACAGAGACUGGCAGAGGUGGUCACAGCGAUUGAUGGAGUCGCUCGCCCUACAUCUGUCUACUACAGCAAAAACACAGGCUCAAUCAUUGUGGGAAUGGUGAACAAUUAUGACAUCAUAGUGUUUAAGGCAGGGUGACUGUUUGAGUAGGAUGACGUUCAUGUAUAAUAAUUUUGAGUAAAUCCAUGAGAUCAACAUAAUUGACAUUACGCUACCUUAUAUUUUGGGACAGGGUAAAAUGUCCCGUACUAACAAGAUCAAAUUGUAUUUUCAAUUUCCAGAUAGCAAAAGCUCCCCUCCCCACUGCAUUUACAGUUGAGUUUUUACAACUUGUGAUGCUAGUUUCAUCUGCAUACCUUAUACUAUGGUAACCAUAUUCCCUAUGUUUUAAUGUUUAGUAUAGGAACUGCUGGUCUCUUCUGUUGCAAGGCACAGUCUGUUUCUCAGAUAUUUCAACAGUUGCCAUAAUAAAUAUUAAUUCAAUGUUAAGGGCCUAUCAGAAUCAUUAUCCACACUAUCACAACAUCCAAAUAUGAAAGGGUAGGCAGAUUUGAAUACAAGAGGGCCAUGGGCCCUAAGGCGCUCACCUGAGACCCAAAGGAACUAAACUAUUCUGGGAAGGUGGAGUUCAAAAUAACAAGGGCUGUUUGUAAAACAUGCAUGCCCCCCUAUAUGGGCUAUAAGUUGUAGUAGCAGCCAUUGUGUGAAUACGUUUUUUGUCACUGUGAAUGGUGGUGGUGGUGGUGGUGAUGGUGGUGGUGAUGGCAGAAGAAAUAGUAGUAGUAGUAGUAGUAGUAGUAGUAGUAGUAGUAGUAGUAGUAGUAAUAGAGUAGUAGUAGUAGUAGGUGGUGGUGGUGGUAGCAGAAGAAAUAGUUGUAGUAGUAGUAGUAGUAGUAGUAGAAGUAGUAGUAGUAGUAGUAGUAGUAGUAGUAGUAGUAGUAGAAGUAGUACUAGUACUAGUAGUAGUAGUAGUAGUAGUAGUAGUAGUAGUAGUAGUAGUAGUAGUAGUAGUAGUAGUAGAGCAGUAGUAGUAGUAGUAGUAGUAGUAGUAGUAGUAGUAGUAGUAGUAGUAGUAGUAGUAGUAGAGCAGUAGUAGUAGUAGUAGUAGUAGCAGUAGUAGUAGUAGUAGUAGUAGUAGUAGUAGUAGUAGUAGUAGUAGUAGAAGUAGUAGUAGUAGUAGAAGCAGCAGCAGCAGCAGCAGCUGCAGAAGCAGCAGCAGCAGUAGUAGAAGUAGUAGUAGUAGUAGUAGUAGUAGUAGUAGUAGUAGUAGUAGUAGUAUGCAUUACAAAAAUGCAGUUAGCCUUACAUUUGGUAAAAUUUAAAUAUAUUACAAGGGAGGCAAAUCUGUAACAAUAAAUUUAAACUUAUUGCAUUUUUUUCCCCUGUAGUGUAUUACCUCCCCUGUCCUGCUAAUAUUUAUAUUAAUUAACAAAAUUAAACAUUAACACAAUAUUUAACAUACAAAAUAUACAAAAAAUCUCAUAUUCUGAUAAUAUUUUUACUGAUUCACUGUAUUUUACUAAAAGGAUGAUGUUUCAUUGGACUGAUAAUUAUAGAUUUAGGAUUACAGACCAGUUGCUUCAGUAAUAUUGUUCAGAGUGUGCCCUGUUGGCCGCGUAUGCAUUCUUAAAUUAUCAUUCAAAUGAAAGUUUUCACAAAAUAGGCAAAAACGAAUAAACAUGCAAAGUUCAACGAGCUCCUGCGGCCAUGUUUUUUGACGAAUCAAAUUUCUUUGAACAACUUUUUCAGGGGAGCCUUCGAAGGUCAUUCCUGUGAAAUUUUUUGAAAAUCUGAUGAGCGGUUUCUGACAAGAAGAUUUUUUAAGGUUUUUACCAUAUAUGGUCAUGGCGGCCAUCUUGGUUAUGUGAUCAAUUUUUUUUUAACAAUUCUUUUGUCCCAUGACCUAGGGAUGCUCCACAUGAAAUUUAGUUGAAAUUGGCUCAAUGGUUUAGUAGAAGAUGUUUACAAAUUGUUUACAGAUGGACGGACGGACGCCGGACGCUGAGUGAUCACAAUAGCUCACCCCGAGCUAUCGCUCAGGUGAGCUAAAAAGCCAGGAACAGAGAGAAUCUGGGGAGAGUGGAAUUGAGUGUAUACAUGUAAUAGUACAAAAACUGUGAGUGAGUUAUUAAUUUAAUUGGUAACGAUGUAUAUAUUUAUAAUCUUAGUGUCAAUAAAAUGUAGUCUAUAUACUGUAUUGUGACUAUUGAAGAUAUUAACUAUCUCCAUGAAAAUUGUAACACCAAGACACAAAUUCCACAUUAACAUUUGUUAACUGUGCAAUGAAAGCACGAUUUACAGUUCUUAUAUACUGGACUUCCACUGCUUGACCACUUUUUACAAAUUAAGUUCUAAGUUGCUAUCUCGAAUAAUUACCAAGACAUGUUCUGGAAAAAAAUUAAGUAUAAAAUACACAAAGGGGGCAAUAACUGUAAAUAUGGAAGAAAGAGUAGUGUCUUUGUGAAAGUUACAUCCCAUCCCAUCUAUAAGAUCUACCCACCUAUUAAAUCUCAAAUUGAUACCUUGUGUAAUUUUCAAGAUAUGCUCCAGAGAAAAAAAAAAAAGGUAACAACUUUCAACUUAAUAGAGAACAAUCUCAUUUGGGGGAUGUGCAGUGCAUAAGGACCAUAAAUCUUGCAAUGAUAUUUUUAGAGUUAUUUCUCUUUGUUUAUUAUUUUACAACUUUCAACUUAAUAGAGAACAAUCUCAUUUGGGGGAUGUGCAGUGCAUAAGGACCAUAAAUCUUGCAAUGAUAUUUUUAGAGUUAUUUCUCUUUAUUAUUUUACUUUAAUAAAUCUUCCAAACAGAAUUAAAAAAAAAAGUUAUUUCUUAAACAAUAUGGGAGCAAUAGUAACAGUUUUUCAAGUAAUGUGCCAGGAAAAAACAUAUAUGCAAAAAGGGCAAUUUUGUAUUGGUGCAUUUAUUUAAUAAGCUUAUUUUGGCCUUUGAAGUUAAAGCUGGAAGUAAUACAUAUUUCUUUAAUCUAAUCGCUGGUCUCACACACUUCUGAUAAAUACCAGUCGCAGGUCAUCUCUCUCAUAAGUACCUCUUGAUUUCUGCAUAUUGCUAUAAAUCUUUUCAUUUCUGCAAAUUGCCAAAAAUCAUGGUCACUUCUGCAAAUUUCCAGAAAUUUGCAUAGUCUUAUUUGAAUAGUAUACAAAUGCAGUUUUGGGGAAAAAAAAGGGAGAACAGAUGGAUGCUUUGAAUAUCGACUGUUGAAAACUUGUGCCUUGUAUCAACACUUUUAAUUGUACUUAUCAUUACCAAUUAUUAGAGUGUAUUUCUAAAUGUACUUUCUUGAAUAAAUGUGUGAUUGUGAAAUAAAAUUAGUAGAAGACA